AUGGAUAACAACACCGCCGCAAGAUCAGAAACAGCGAUUCAGGUUUAUUGUUUGCGGCCGUAUCGGAAUCCGUUUGGAGGGACAAGUUGCCAGGAAGAAGUGAAAAAGGAUUUUGAAGCUCUUCGACGAUAUCCACAGAUGCCGAUAUCCGGAUACCCGAUCUACAGGUUGACGACACGCAAGUACUACCAGGAUACCAAUGACAAAGAAGAUUUCAGCACACAUACCAGAUUGAAGGACACCGCCAGAUCAUCGAUUCACUUAUGGAUGUCUAAGAUAACCGGUGACUCACAAUACUCCAUGUACUCUCUAUCGAAAUAUCCAGAGGAAUAA